AUGGUCUCUAUGAAAGCUCCUUCAAGUCUCAUUUGGUUGAGGCGGAUCGUAUCCAGAGUCCAGACUCUUGAACGCACCAUAGAUAAAAUGGAACAACAAUCGCGAAUGAAUAACAUAGAAAUAUGCAACAUGCCUGAGAAGCGCGGCGAAAACUUAAUUAGUAUUAUCAGCGACAUAGGAACCGCUAUAAAAUUUACUUUUACGCCCAGUGACAUUGUCUCAAUACAUCGUGUACCACACGCCGACCCCAGCUGUAUUCGCCCGAAAAACAUAAUAGUGCGUUUUACCUCAGUUAUACUACGUGACAAUAUAUUGGCUGCAUUUCGCCUUGCGAAAGGACUCAAUACUUCACAAAUAAACAUUACUGGGUCUCUGCAAAAAAUAUAUCUGAACGAGCAUUUAACACUUAAAAACAAGCUGUUACUACGACAGACUCGCGAAGCAGCCGCGAAGCAUAGCUUUAAGUAUGUAUGGGUUCGACAUGCCACUAUAUUGGUGCGCAAAGAUGACACUUCACCAAUAAUAGCUAUACGAGCUGCCCAUGAGCUGAGUAAGAUAUCGCCGAGUAGUUCCUGACCAACAUGGAUCAAGAUUUUUCACUAAACUAAAUACGUGUUGUGUUUUUUCCGUUAUGGUAAUCAUAUACCAGUGCUGCAGGCAUAUAAUAACUACCUAUUUAAUAUUAAAGUCGCAAAAUUUGCGCGUGGGCAUUCCAUUAUUUUCGUUUAAAUCUAUCCUAUACAACAAAAUACGUAAGUACCUAAUAGUAAUGAGCAAGGGUGUUAACUUAUCAGAGAUCAUUAUCUUAUUGCAUUACAAUGUUACAUUAUUUGUCCGUUUUAAACACUCCGUCUAUAAACACAUUUAUAUUAUACUUCUAUGCAAUAAUGGAUAGUGUUUUCUCAGUUUAC